AUAAACUAAAUUUCCCAAAGUUUUUUUUCAAGUGAUGUGGAAACCACACUACAUUAUGUUGGGAUUAUUUGUGGCAUUCCAAAAGCUAUAAUAAUAAUAAAUGAAAAUCGCCAACAUCGCCAGCUAACGGUUGAAAAUUUUAGAUGGGCAGCGAUAAAACUGUACGAAGAGGUUACACAAGUGUUAGUUUAGUGUUAGGCGUCAUUGCUCAUAUUAGCAACCGAGCCGGUAACCACGGCAACUGCGCUAAUGCGAAUACUGAUGCGUUCCUUUUACACGCAAAAAUCGGGAUUUUUGGAUACGAUUAUAGAAACGGAAACAAGCGCCUAUUCCUUUGCUAAAUCAAAUAUUAUGAUUAUGAUUGUACUGUAAAUUAGCAUGUUCUUUUCAUACAGAGCUACAUAAUUUCUGUUAGUUCUUAGUUGGCAAGUUAUGUAUAACGAGGUUACUGGGGUGUUUUGGGGUCUGAUGAAGAACCUUGUAUUUCAUGCAGUUUUAUUUUGGUGUCGGAAAACUUUCCCACAAGCACGUCUCUUAUUUUGCCAGCUAUUAUUCGUUAAACGGUACGCGAUUUCCUAAUAUCCAAUAUUGAAAAGGUUUAAUUUUGCUGAAGACACCCUAAAGGAAGAGCAGACUACUUUGAACGUUUGGUGGUAUGCAUGAAAGAGGAGGAGGACAAAAGAAUUUGACUUUGUCUUUGACUAAAAUAAGACCAGGUAGCAUAGAGCUUGAAAUUACGACGUCCUCGUGUGUUUGAACGCCGCAUUAGUCUCUGGAGGCAGACGUUUGUAUGCUAGCUCAGGUUAGCUAACGACAGAGCCAUAAAUUGUGAAAGGCUUGUCAUAACUCAAUAAACUAGCGAAUAAUAUUCCCACGAUGAGUGAGCAACUAAAAUUUAUUGUCGAGGAACUUAACAAAGAUCCGUUUCGCAAAAACUUUAAUCUCAUCACGUUUGACUCCCUCGAACCGAUGCAGCUGCUCCAGAUUUUAAACGAUGUUUUAGCUGAAGUAGACCCAAAGCAAGCUCUUGAUAUUCGAGAGGAAAUGCCAGAACAAACCGCGAAGAGAAUGUGUGCUCUGCUUGGGAUGCUGAAAUACAAACCACCCGGCAACCAGUCUGAUCUGAGCAGUUUCAGACAGGGUCUUGUGGUCGGCAGCAAACCUGCGGUCCAUCCCAUCCUGCACUGGCUGCUGCAGAGGGUCCCGGAGCUCAAGAAAAGAGCUUACUUGGCUCGCUUUCUUGUCAAACUUGAUGUCCCCGCAGAGUUCCUGGGGGAUGACGUCAUCAGCGACACAUACCACCAGUAUGAAGAACUGGUCGAAGGAUUUAAGGCAAAUCACAAGGAAUGUGAGCAGCUCAGAACGUCAGGGUUUUCCACAGCAGAAAUCAGAAGGGACAUUAGUGCAAUGGAGGAAGAGAAAGGCCCACUAAUUAAACGUGUGGAAAGGUUGAAGAAGAGGGUGGACUCAGUGUCCAACCAUCAACAGAUGCUGGAGCAGGCCAGACAGCUGAGGGUUGAGAAAAAGAGAGAAGAGCAUUUGGCACACCAGAAGCAAGAACAAAAGAACCAACUGUUUCAGGCACAGCAGAGGCUGCAGAGGUUGCAGCAGCAGUUGAAGGACAUGCGACAUGCUGCAGUUGAUGCCAGUCCAGACAGCUUAAUGAAGAGGCUCGAGGAGGAGAUUAAGAUCAAUUCCUACAUGGUCUCUGAGAAACUUCCCAAAGAGUUGGAGGUCCUCAGGCGUACAGUGCAGUACCUUCAAAAGGUGGCAUCAGAGCCUGCCAUGGGUCAUGGCGAUUUACUGGAGUUGAGGGACAAGAUUAAAGGAGUCGACAUGCAAAUAAAUCAGCUGAUUGAGAAGAAGAUGAUGAGAAGCGACCCUAUAGAUGAUAAACUGACUCUCUACAGGCAACAGGCCUCCAUCAUCAUCCGUAAAAAGGAAGCAAAAGCUGAAGAGCUGCAGGAAGCGAGGGAGGAGUUAGCAGCUGCAGAGCGGGAGCUGAAACAUAGGACCAGCCAGGCACUAGCCUCCAAUGGAGAAGAGGUCAUCCGGGGUGACGAGCUGAAACGUUUGGUGGUGAAACUGCGAAGCAAAGGUACGGUAUACAAGAAGAAACGUCAGGAGAUUGCAGAGCUGAAGGCAGAGUAUGGAGUUUUACAACGGACGGAGGAGAUUCUCAAGCAAAGGCAUGAGGCUGUCCAAGAAAAACUGCAAUCUAUGGAAGCUGAGAAGGGUAUUUCUGGCUACAGCAACACUCAGGAUGAACUAGAGAGGGUGUCUGCCAUCAAGAGUGAGCUAGAUGAAAAGAAAGGCCGAACAUUGGAUGAUAUGUCUGAAAUGGUAAAGCAAUUAAACUCAAUGAUAGCGGCGAAGAAGUCUGCUCUCGCUCCAAAUAUCAAAGAGCUGAGAUCACUGAGGCAGCAGUCUCAGGUGUUAAAUCAGGAAUAUGAAGAAAAGAAAUGCCAGUAUGAAAGUUGUGCUGCUGGUCUGGACAGCAACAGAUCUAAAUUGGAGCAGGAGGUGAAAGCGUUGAGAGAAGAGACUGCACAGGAGGAAAACAGAUAUCAUUACAUAAACUGCAAGUCUGAGAUCACUGAGAUGCAAAUACAACGGGCAGCUGAGGAGAUGAAGGCCUAUGUUUCCUCUGAUGUCCAGGAGAGGAAGAGGGCCAUAAGGGAACUGUACAUGAAGAACAUUGCAGAGCAGGAGUUACUUGGCAAGAAGUUACGUGAGAAACAGAAGAUGGUGAGGGAGAGCCACAGUACUAACAUGGACCAGAUGAAGAUGUGGCAAGACUUGGAGCAGCUGAUGGAGUGCAAGAGACAGUGCUUCAUAAAAGUGCAGAAUGAGGCAUCUGUCGGUCAGGUCAUCCAAGAAGGAGGAGAGGAUAGGCUGGUGCUGUGAGAGCUAACAUGCUUUCUAUGUGUGUAAAUCCUUUUAUACUGUACUUCCUUUUCAACCAUACUGUGCUAUGAUUGAAUUUAAAUUGCUUAAUGAAAAAUGUUUUUUAAGCGUUAUUUCAUUGUUCAUGGGAUAUGUGCAGUAUAACAAUGGGUUAUAGUGUCCUAAGAGGAGGAGCACAAAGGUUUAUUUUGUGAAACAGUUUCAGAUUAUCUACAAUGAUUUCAGAUUAUUGUCUGCAAUAUUUUAACUCUCUGACCCAGCAGACUUUUUGACGUAUGCUUAUCCUUAAUACUUGUGAUCCAAGUGUCUAGCGAUAAGGGCACACGACGUGGAGUACCGUGGUCAUGGUCAACUAUUUUUAGCAGGAAUAAAUUGACCUUGGAUUGUGUUUCUUGCCAAUUUCGGAGCCAACUGUUGCAAGCUAUACAAUCAGAUUUCAGUGAACGGUACGGCAUCACGCGGCACGGUGACACAGCUGUAGACCGUUGGCUUCACAGUUCUGAGGACCGGGUUUCAAAUCCUGCCUGCCUGUGUCGGGUUUGCAUGUUCUCCCCAUGCCUGCGUGGGUUUUCUCCGUGCACUCUGGUUUCCUCACACAUCGCAAAAGCCUGUGUUAACUGGAGACAAUAAAUUGCCCUUAGGUGUGAUUGUAAGUGCGACUGCUGUCUGUCACUAUGUGCCCUGUGAUUGGAUGGCAACCAGUUCAGGGUGUACCCUGGCUCCUGCCUGAUGACAUCUGGCAAAGGCUCCAGCACUUCGCAACCCUCAUGGAGAUAAGUGGCUCAGAAAAUGGAUGGGUGGAUAAUACACCAUCACCAGAUUUAUUUGGACUGCAAAUGAUAACAUGCAAUUUGCAAGAGUUGUCAAAAAAAUAAUGUAUUCUGACUUCCACAAUUAGCACCUGUAAUUAUUUUGUAGUAAAAAAAUAAUGUAUUUUAA